GCAAUCACAUUUUUAGUAAGAAACCCGUGUUAAACUAUAUAAAACAUUUUCGCGGUGUGCUCGCCCUUUGUGAUAAUGUCGGCAGAAUAUGAAGGGAGACCUAGAGACAAUGGCCCCGAGGGCAUGGAGCCAGAUGGAGUCAUUGAAAGUAACUGGCAUGAGAUCGUGGACAGCUUUGAUGACAUGAACCUGCGUGAGACUCUUCUCAGGGGAAUCUAUGCUUAUGGUUUUGAGAAGCCCUCAGCCAUCCAGCAAAGGGCUAUUCUCCCUUGUAUCAAGGGAUAUGAUGUCAUUGCACAGGCUCAGUCGGGCACAGGCAAGACUGCCACCUUUGCCAUCUCUAUCCUGCAGCAGAUUGACAUAGAGCUAAAAGGUUCUCAGGCCUUGGUUCUGGCACCCACCCGUGAAUUGGCUCAGCAGAUCCAGAAAGUGAUUCUGGCUCUUGGAGACUAUAUGGGUGCGACGUGCCAUGCCUGCAUCGGUGGGACCAAUGUGCGCAACGAGGUCCAGAAGCUGCAGGCUGAGGCACCGCAUAUUGUAGUGGGAACCCCAGGUCGCGUCUACGACAUGCUUAAUCGAAAGUUCCUCUCUUCCAAGUACAUUAAAAUGUUUGUGCUGGAUGAAGCGGAUGAGAUGCUGAGUCGUGGUUUCAAGGACCAGAUCUACGAGAUUUUCCAGAAACUCAGUACUAGCAUACAGGUGGUGCUGCUGUCAGCCACCAUGCCUGCGGAGGUGUUGGAUGUCACUACCAAGUUUAUGCGAGAACCAGUGCGUAUCCUGGUGAAGAAAGAGGAGCUCACCCUCGAGGGUAUUCGUCAGUUCUACAUCAACGUUGAAAAAGAGGAAUGGAAGCUGGACACUCUGUGUGAUCUCUACGAGACUCUGACCAUCACUCAGGCAGUGAUCUUCAUUAACACGCGCCGGAAAGUAGACUGGCUCACAGAGAAGAUGCAUGCCAGGGACUUCACUGUCUCAGCUCUGCAUGGAGACAUGGACCAAAAGGACCGUGACCUGAUUAUGAGGGAGUUUCGCUCUGGUUCUAGCCGUGUCCUUAUUACCACAGAUCUGCUGGCCAGAGGUAUUGAUGUCCAGCAGGUGUCUUUGGUGAUCAACUAUGACUUGCCAACCAACCGUGAGAAUUACAUUCAUAGGAUUGGUAGAGGAGGUCGCUUUGGCAGGAAAGGUGUAGCCAUAAACAUGGUGACAGAAGAUGACAAGCGUACUCUGCGGGACAUCGAGACCUUCUACAACACCACCGUAGAAGAGAUGCCCAUGAAUGUGGCUGACUUGAUCUAGAGAUUUAUUUGACCUGAUCUAGAGACACCCCCUUCUCCCCAUCUCCACAAUCUCUCUCUCUUUAUUUUCUAGUUUAAGCACUUGUGAAUGGAGCAGGGAACAUGAAACACAGUCACAAAUUAAUUAUUAAAUGUUGCCCGAAACUGAUCAAAUCUGAUAAAUCUCAAAGGCUGAAUGUACAUCACUUUAUCUCCAUCAACUUUCGUAAUAAACAUUGAAAUAUGGGCUCAGCCAUCUUCUCUUACGGAGAAGAGUAGCAUGUUCUGUCACUUUGCUUUCAAUUAGUCAUCCUGGGGUUUUUUUAUUUUAUUUUAUUAUUUUAGCUGGUAAUCAUCAGAUGUUUUUGGAGGGGUAAUUAGACUACAGUUACUGGUUUCCAGCUUUUGUGCGUUGACAUGUUUCUUUGAGCACACCUCAUGCUGAUGGAUGUAUUUGGGCCAUGUGGUAAAAGUGUGCUAGCUUUUAAUCUGACAUGAAAAGCAUAGGAUUUGAUUCGUUUUGUUGGGUUUUUUUUCAGAUUAAACUACUUGUUGCUGUACUGUUUGCUGUAAAACUGUGCCAGACCUAUUUAAUCACCCUUAAACAAUGUAAGAAUUGAGAUAUAUGGAAGUUCUUACAAAGGAAUUUCUGAAGGUGGUGCAAAAUCUGAUGGAGGAAAAAAAAAAAACAUUUUUUCAAAAUCUUUUUCCUUUUUUUACAUUUAAGUUAUUUUGCAUUUGUUUUUUGGAGGAGGGGGUCAAUUUCAAUAAAGCUACAGCCUAACCUGUCAAA